ACCACUGUCCUUCAAGUUUUGACAAUCUAAAAUAGUAAGGCUGACAACCCUGUCUAGCUGAUUGAAAGAAAUUAAGAAAUAGAAAGAAGUGGCUAUAUUAUGCGAGACGGCGUCUUUAUUUUGAGAUUUCAAUUGCUUAACUUUUACGUGUAGAUUUCGAAAUAUUACGUGCGCCCCUGGAUGUAUAUUUAAUGUGUUUCGUGUGAAUUAAACACGAAAAGAAAUUGUAGUUACUGUGUCCGUAGAGUAUCAUCAAAAUGGGUGAUCAACAAUUCUUUUUAAAAUGGAACGAUUUUCAAACUAACAUGGUGACUUCGUUCAGACAUUUGAGAGACGAAAAAAGUUUUACAGAUGUUACAUUAGCAUGUGAAGGACAGACGUGUAAGGCACAUAAAAUGGUUCUCUCUGCCUGUAGUCCGUACUUCAAAAGUCUAUUAGAGGAAAAUCCAUCGAAACAUCCGAUAAUAAUUCUAAAAGACGUGUCUUAUCUACAUCUGCAAGCCAUUUUAGAGUUCAUGUACGCCGGCGAAGUUAAUGUUUCACAGGAACAGCUGCCGGCCUUCCUCAAGACUGCCGCAAGACUUAAGGUGAAGGGCUUAGCCGAGCCCCCGCCGCAGAUGCCAAGCAUCAAACGAGAAGGCUAGCCCCCCGUAAAGUGCCCAAAAGACUAUAGUGAACACCAAUCUAACUUAGCACCGAAUAACUAGUGCACACAUCCAUGUAACGGUAGGACAAUAUAAUACAUAUAUAUCAGGUUUUAUUUUUCAAAUACACAAAAUACUUACUGUCGAUUUUUAAUGUUGAUCUUCGUUUUUUUUAUUAUAAUAACACAUUAUUAGAUCUUAUAAUGAAUUCGCGUUUGAAUUCACAGUCAAAUAAAAAUUUUAAGUCUUUAACCUUUUGAUUGCCACGCGGCGCACUGAAGUAAUUGCCUCGAUUUCUCUCUUCGAUCUUAUUAAGGCGCUGGAAUAUCUAUUAGAACUAGCGGUCCCGCAGUAGUCGAAAUUCGACUAUAAUUAAUUGAAAUUAUAAGUUUGUACACUAUUACGAUUAUAUUUUCAAAGACUAUUAAAUAAAUUAUUAUACUACUAUAAUCACAAAUUUCGCCAAGACUACAUACACUAUGGAAAAAAUAUUAAUAAAGACAAAAAAUAUUUAACCUAUUCUAUCACUUUGACCACAGACGUCAAAAACAAAAGUUUGACAAUAAAUAAAUAGUAUGCAUGCGUGUGUGCGUCAAAUACACGGUAGUGUGUGUAAUGUUUUUAUUGAUUUAAUGUAUUUAUUAGGCAUAAUUUAAAAAAAAAAUUAACAUUCUGCAUUCGUUCUCUACAUUCUCUAUAAGUGUGGGAAAUUUCAUACACCUCCGUCCGCGCAAUUUUCGUAAAAAGGGAUACAAAGUUUUUCCAUCACGUAUUUAAUAUAUAGAUCUGGGAAAGACUAAUCCGAAGAUACUGAGGACGAAUCUAUCUCUGAGAGACCUAAAAGAUAAAAUAUAUAUAUAUAUAUGUAAAAAAAACUUCAGAGGUGUCAAGGGACACCCGGAUGGAAUGAAGUUCCUUUCGAUUAAUUAGUGAAGGAAUUGUAAUAUUUUUUUUAAGUUAUAAUAAUAAAUUACGGCAUUAUGAAGAAGAAAAAAAACAAUACUAUGAACUAAAUUACUAUUGUUGAAACGCUAUCUCGAGAAACUGUACUCAUUAGGCGGACCAAUCGGAUACGAGCAAUGUCACGCGAUAAGCGCCUACACGUUGAUUGGUCAGAAUGACGGAUCUAAAAAGUGUCGUGACAACUUUUCGUAAGAAUUUUUUCCGUCUAGCCCCCUUUCACAACGCGCGAUAAGGAACUUCGUUCCAACAAAAGAAGGUAAAAGUGGGUAACACAGGUGUUUAGUAAUAGAAAUCGACAUAAUUACUUCAGUACGCCGCGUAGGUCACCGGUGACCUACAUGGAAGUCAAAGGGUUAAUUUCCAUGUAAUAGUAAUGUAAUUUGUAAGAAACACGGCAACAUUUAAAAAGCUAUACGAUCUCGGCCUUCAUUAUUAACAAGUACACUUUUGUUUCCGAACAGAAUAUUGUAUUUACACUUCAUUCACGUAUUUCGUGUUAACGUGAAAGAAAAUAUAUCGACGCUUGAUAGGCAAAAGUGACUAAGCGACAAUAACUGCUUUGUACAUAAAUGAUAGGCAAUAACCAUAUUCGAUGCGCAAAAAAAUAAAUAUUUCUAGGUCUAUUAAAAUCAUUUCAAUCAUACAGCUACUAGCUAGAUUCUACUUUUUUUUUUUUUUUUUAUUGCUUAUAUUGGUGGACGAGCUCACAGCCCACCUGGUGUUAAGUGGUUACUGGAGCCCAUAGAAAUCUACGACGUAAAUACGCCACCCACCUCGAGAUAUAAAUUCUAAGGUCUCAAGUAUAGUUACAACGGCUACCCCACCUUCGAACCGAAACGCAUUGCUGCUUCACGGCGGAAAUAGGCGGGGCGGUGGUACCUAUCCGUGCGGACUCCCAAGAAGUCCUACCACCAGUGGACCUACUACAGCUGGAUUAGUUAAAAUAAAUUUUGUUUUCAGUUAUUUCAACUUUAAAUCUGUUAAGUUCACGCAUUGUCGCUUAGUCAUGUUUGCCUUUCGAGCGUCGAUAUUAUUAUUAUUAUGUAUGUAUAUGUAUGUAUGUUAAAAGUGUUUUAUCGGGUACUACAGUCUCGAUAAAGCUUUGCAAUUGUAAUGAAGUUACGCGCUAUGAAGUACUGCAAUCGCGUUCAUUUUUAUAAAGCACGUACCUAUGCGUAUCUCUAGCCGUGUUUUAUAUGAAAUAUAACGACGUCAUAUAAGUUAGCAAAUGGAAAAUCUUUUUAUUUUCGCUCUAAAUAGAAUAAUAAUCUGUUUAAAAAUAAUAAUUACAAGUUAAGUGCGAUUAUUCUAAUUAGCGAAAGAGGGUAGUUAGAGAUACUUCAUCGACCCCAAAGCAAAACAAUAAAAAUGUAUUCAACAUUUGUUAAGUAAUUUGAACAAGGGAUUUAUUAUAAAGGAAAGCUCGUAAUUAUUUUAACUCGAUAAAACAUUCAAUAUUAAAUGAACUGUGAAAUUGUAAAACGAUUAUAUACAUACGUAUUUCAUACUAAUUUAGAUAUAAUCACAGUUAAUAUAAUUGAGAAAAGCAAUAUGCAUUGAUGUGAUGGUUUACAUUUUAAUUAUUAUCGACCGCUCUUUUUUUUAUUACCAAAAAUAUAUAUAUUGGGAGGGAGAUAACGCAGUUGAGGAAUUCAUUAAAGAAAAAAACAAUAAAAUAGAGAUGCUUUAAAUUCAUCUCGCAGAGACGGUAAUUGAAGGAUUAUACCUAGUAUUAAAACUCAUUAAAAUUAUCAAUUUGUUUUUUUUUUCUCCUUAAACGGUUUAAAAUGUUUUUAUUUUAGCUUGCUUAUGAUAAUGUUUUUUUCAAUAAGAUCAAGCACUGUGUUAUAAAUAUUUCGUUAGACAUUCGCGAUAAAAAUAUUAUAAAAAAAUAUAGAAAAGAAAACAAUUUUUAGUAUUUCCGUGAAAAUCGCUAUAGUGGAUUUUGAUACUAUACACCUUAAUUACUGAUUACCAGUCAAUAACCAAUCGUGAACUCCUAUAUACGAGACAUUUUUGUUGUUUGUAAUUAUCGAUACUGGUUUUCCUUAAUGAUUCAUUAUCCAUGAUUUCGUGCAGGAUAAUUGGGAAUUACAUCGACCGAACUCAUUGUGGUGUAACCAUAAAUUCGGACCAGACUUUUAAAUUCCUCCAUUACUGUAUCAUUUUUGGUAAUAAAAAAUUAGCGGUGGAUGAGAAUCCUCUUCAUUUCCACAAGUUACCCAAAAGCCAAAGUUUAUGUUAGGUUCUAACACAAUUAUAAUCUCCACGUUCUAAGUCUGGCUUGUGACUAAUCAGUUUUAUUUAUCUCGAGACACAACCUGACCUAUUCGUGACGUGUAUACAUAAAAUAUUUUUUUGUUUGUGUUUUACCAUACGUAUAAUACCGCCAACGUGCGGUAGGUGGCGCACGAUUAGUUUCAAGAAAUCCACUCUCUGGACUGUAAAUAUUAAUAGAUGAAUUAUUCCGAAAAUUGUUUAACACAAUAUCUAAAAUACAUUAGAUUCGAUUACAACUAAUUUUAUUUUUGACUAAUAUAAUACUAUUCAUGUAAUUUUAAAUUAUAUUUCGCACCUUUAGAAUUGAAGUCCAAAAUUCUUGUUUGUUUUUGUCAACGCCAAAACUGUAAUUGUAGAAUUGUAAUUUUUCAGUUUUGAUUGUAAUAGUUUAAGCCUUAAAGCGCAUAGGCACCUUAAACUUUCAGGUAUGCGCUUGAUUUAUAAGAGACGGAAAGUGUACUAUGUUUAUUUCUAUAUCGACUAAAAUUUAAAUUUAAUUUUUAAAUUUUAUAAAAUGAUAGAUUACAUGUUUUAAGUCGCUCAAAGUCUAAAUCUAAUUUUCUAAAAAAAAAUAGUUGAUCCACUUCAGUUCUAAAGUUGGGAUUUGUACUCUCACACAUCCAAUAUGCCCUACGACAUGUUGAUGUGGUGUAUUUAAAACAGUCACAAAGCCAAAGACAAUUCUUUGACAAUUUCUAUUUAUCUCCACUAUCAUAUCAAUGCCUAAUGUAUCCACCAAUAGUUGCCUUACAGUGUAUUUCGAUGGGUUUGAAUGUCGACAUGAUGUGUAGGAGGUAUUCAAAUAUUUCGGUCGUGUUAUACGGGAAGAAAAUAAUUCAUUUACUUUUCGUUUUUCCCACGAUUAUCUUGUGUGAAGAAGACAGAUAGAUGUUAUACGAAUUCGGACAUUUAACAUUUUCCAAUUCAUGUUUAAUUGUAACUAAAAUUUGACUGCGAUUUCAUUUUUGAUCUGCGUUCCGAUGCGUACAUAUUUCCCGAGUAACAACUUCGUCGUAGAAUCAGUGAAUGUUCCACCCACGAAUGUGGAAUAUUUUUGGGUUAAAAAUAGUUUAAAUUUUUGGCAGAGAGUAUCGGAUAUUAUUAGCCUUAAUCACAAAAAAAAAAAUUAUUGUCUAUAGAUGAUCACAAUAAAUUAUACAUGAAUUUGAAACUGUAAUAAAUUGAUAGCACUGUAAUAAUGAUUGUGUACCUCUUCAGAUAGCAACGUCGACAUACAGACUAUUGGAAUGAUAUAAUGUUAAUAGGUGUUUGUUGAAUUCAUAUUAUUUAGAUUAUAAAUAAGUGAAAUGUAUUUUCCGUGCUCUUAACCGAAAUGCAGAUGGACGAAUUAGCUUUUUAUUGAUUUCGUAAUUUUUUAAUAUGGCAAGAAUCACUUUAAUGGUAUCUAUUCGUCUAAAAUGUAUAGGUACAUGAAAUUCACUAAAUUAAUUUUGUCAUAGAAGUUGCGUUACUGAUUGAUUCGGUUUGGUUUUUCUGUUUAUAGCUGUGUACUUUUAAAAGAAUUUGAUACAAUAAAAAUUCAGAUAUUUUUUUUAAAUAUACUUUUUUCAUUUUUUCUUUAUUUCUGUAAGCUUCUCUUUAUCACUGAUUUGCACAUAGGAAAAGAAAUUUAUAUCUUGUGUCAAAUUUGCAAGAAACCGUAUUUGUUAAAUACUAAUUUAAAUAUACCUAAGUAUUUUUUCAGCAUAUAAAGAUUGCUUUUUGCACAAUUUAGAUGACUUUCUUAUAAUAAAGUUACUUUUUUCCUAGAAUUUUCUUAAUCGUGCUUGAAUGAAAACUUCAAAAAUAAUGUUUACUCACUAAGUUUCAAGAUACAGAAUCUAUGACUUCUAAAAAUCCCAAAAUAAUAGUCAUUCUGAUGGCAAAUUAGUGUUGAUUGGUUACUCAACUGGCAUACACAGGUGUUGCCAGUAUAAAUAUACUUUUUUUUAAAUUAGAAAGCCUUCUGUGUGCAUAUUAUAUAGUAGAAGUUAGUCGAGAAGUAAAAAUAUAAUAUAAAUCUUAUAUUUUUAGAUACAGUAAUGUUAUGUGCUGACUUAUCACAUCGGAUUACUAGUUGGUAAUUGAAAUUACGAAAGAAUUUGUAAUUUUAGAUAAUACAGUUUAAUUACAAAAA